GCGGGGCUGGCCUUUCGCAUGGAAGGGGCGAGGUUUCUGCAGCAGCAGUUUCCUUUUGGAAGGCGAAGCAGCGGGGCUGGAUUAGAACAACGGCGGCGCUUGGCAGACGCAACUAAAUUUGGGGGUGCUGGGCGGUUCUUUGCACCCCAGACGGCCCUGCAUGAUGUCACGUUUGUUGUAACAAGGAGGAAUAGAGCUUCUUCCACACCGAGAUCAUCCUGCGGCCCCUGCUGCCGCCUCGCCUCGCCUCCUGGGCGGGCCUGCGCCCUGGGCGCGACCGCUGCGCUUCCCAGGGGGACCCACUCCAGAGCCCACCCUGCGCUCCGCCGCGCGCCCGGCGCUGCUCUCCCCACGGCGCCUGCUCCUCGCGCGCCCCUGCUGGCCGCGCCUGCUCGGCCUGGGAUCGGCGCUUCCUCCUCCCUCUCCAGUCCCGGCUGCGGGGAGGGAAGAAGCGGAGGGGGACCCGGAGGAGCCAUGGCUGCCCUGGCCCAGCUGCCGCGGGGCGGCUGGAGAGCCGGGCCGGCGGGACACCUGGGGGACCCUGGCCGGUGGCAGCAGCGGCUGCUCCUGGGGCUGCUGCUGGCGGCGGCGGCGGCGGGGCUGGGCGCCCGGGCAGAGCCGCUGCUGGCCUCCGGAGCGCGGCCCGUGGCGCUGGAGGAGGAGAUUGUGUCCGAGAAGGCGGCCGAAGCCAGCCACCGCCAGGACAGCGCCAACCUGCUCAUCUUCAUCCUCCUGCUCACCCUCACCAUCCUCACCAUCUGGCUCUUCAAGCACCGCCGCGCGCGCUUCCUGCACGAGACGGGCCUGGCCAUGAUCUACGGUGUCCUGGUGGGUGUCGUCCUUCGCUAUGGCAUCCACAUUCCCAGUGAUAUCAACAACGUGACUUUAAGCUGCCCAGUGCAGACCAGCCCUGCAACUCUGUUGGUAAACCUCAGUGGGAAGUUCUACGAGUAUACCCUGAAAGGGGAAAUCAGUUCCCACGAACCUAAUAACAUUCAGGAUAAUGAGAUGCUCAGAAAGGUGACAUUCGAUCCAGAAGUAUUCUUCAACAUCUUGCUCCCUCCAAUUAUAUUUUAUGCAGGAUACAGCUUGAAAAGGCGGCAUUUCUUUCGAAACCUGGGAUCCAUCUUGGCAUACGCUUUCCUCGGAACGGCCAUUUCCUGCUUUGUGAUAGGGUCCAUCAUGUAUGGCUGUGUUUCUCUGAUGAAGGUGAUGGGACAGCUUGGAGGAGAUUUCUACUUUACUGACUGCCUCUUGUUCGGUGCCAUUGCCUCUGCUACUGACCCAGUGACCGUACUUGCCAUUUUCCACGAGCUUCAGGUGGAUGUUGAACUGUAUGCCCUUCUGUUUGGCGAAAGUGUCCUCAAUGAUGCCGUUGCCAUUGUCCUGUCUUCCUCGAUUGUAGCCUACCAACCAGCAGGGGACAACAGCCACACUUUUGAUUUAAUGGCAAUGUUCAAGUCCAUUGGGAUUUUCCUGGGGAUCUUCAGCGGAUCAUUUGCCAUGGGAGCAGCUACUGGAGUCGUGACUGCUUUGAUAUCCAAAUUCACCAAACUCCGUGAGUUCCAGCUGCUGGAAACAGGCUUGUUUUUCCUGAUGUCUUGGAGCACCUUUCUAUUGGCUGAAGCUUGUGGCUUUACAGGUGUUGUAGCUGUGCUGUUUUGUGGCAUCACUCAGGCCCAUUAUACUUAUAACAACUUGUCCACUGAGUCCCAGCACAGAACUAAACAGUUGUUUGAGCUCCUCAAUUUCUUGGCUGAAAACUUCAUCUUCUCCUACAUGGGCCUUACGCUGUUCACCUUCCAGAAUCAUGUGUUUAAUCCAACGUUUGUAGUGGGAGCUUUUCUGGCUGUAUUCCUGGGGAGAGCUGCAAACAUUUACCCUCUCUCUUUCCUGCUUAAUUUGGGGAGAAGAAACAAGAUCGGGACAAAUUUCCAACAUAUGAUGAUGUUUGCUGGCCUCCGUGGAGCCAUGGCUUUUGCGCUGGCCAUUCGGGACACAGCCACCUAUGCGCGGCAGAUGAUGUUCAGUACAACGCUUCUCAUCGUCUUCUUUACCGUCUGGGUGUUUGGAGGUGGCACCACUCCUAUGCUGUCGUGCCUUCAUAUCAGGGUUGGUGUGGAUGCAGAUCAGGAGAACGUGGGAGUGCCGGAAAAUGAAAGGAGAAGUACCAAAGCAGAGAGCGCUUGGUUAUUCCGGCUGUGGUACAACUUCGACCAUAACUACCUGAAGCCCCUCCUGACGCACAGCGGUCCUCCUCUCACAGCAACGCUCCCAGGCUGCUGCGGCCCCCUUGCCAGGUGCCUGACCAGCCCCCAGGCUUAUGAGAAUCAAGAGCAGCUGAAAGACGAUGAUUCAGACCUUAUUUUGAAUGACGGAGACAUCAGUUUGACCUACGGGGAUUCCACCGUGAACACAGAUUCUUUGACAUCUGGCGCAUCUCGAAGGGCGGCGGGAAACGGUUCCGAGGACACCCUGGACCAGGAGCUUGGGUUUGGGGACCACGAACUUGUCAUAAGGGGCACACGCCUCGUUCUCCCCAUGGAUGAUUCAGAGCCACCCUCAAAUGUAGUAGACAAUGCCAGACAUGGGCCGGCAUGAGAUCUGCUGGUAACAAGGUGAUCAGUAAAAACCCCCCACAUACGAUCAUGAAGAAAAAUGUACUACCUACAACAAAAAAACUACUGCAUGUCUCAGAAUGUCUAAGCUGUAUAAAUAUUACUUAUUUAUAUGGUGUUAGGAGAAUAUAACUACCCAUAUGAGACAACUUGUGAAGAGCGACUCUUAAUUUUCAUAAGUUAAACUCAUGCACUAUACUGUGUAGCAGUGGAACUGUUUUAGAACAAAUAUCCUUUAUGAAGGGGGAAGGGGGGGACUGCUGCCAAGAUCUUCCUCCCAACUUGUGUCAAAUAGUCUGCUUUUCUUUUGCAAUUUCCCAUCACUUACCUGAGAGUAGGAAGGAGGUAGUGGUGGUGGUGGCAUCUUGGGUUGCGUUUUGCCACGUCCAUCUCAUGUGGUGAGCAGGUGGUUUUGGCUGCCUUCCUUUAGUGGAUGGCAGCUCUGGAGACUUGAAAUUUCCUCUCUGUAGCACUGCUAUAGGAUUUGUUAGAACAGACCUUGAUAUUAUGAUGGCCUGCAUGCUAAACCUGCCACCAGCCGAUAAGAAGCUGUGAUGGUAAUAGAGUGCUUGGAUGAAACGGUCAAGGAGCAAAUGGUCAGUGACUUGUUGACAGGAGCCGCUUGCAUCUGUCUUCCAGUUGCAACAGGUGCUUCUCAUAAUAAGGCUCCAGGUGAUUCAUAAAAGCAAGUUCUUUAAGAUUUGUGCUUGGAUUGAAGGUGGGUGUUUGUUUUCUUUUUGUGUUUAAAUUUCUCUCAUGCCUUAUUCCAUAGGGCCAACGGCAGGUUCUGAGUUAUGAAGCAGUCAAAGUGGGCAAAGUUUGGUUUUUCACAUAGAGAAUUAAGUAGUGUUUCUAGAUCAAUUAACAGCCAUACAAAGCCAUUGCUGGCUCCCUUUCUAAACUUGCAAUUGAGUGGCUGUGCCUUUCAGCUAUGUCAAAAUUUUCUUCUUGCUGCAUAGCUGCCAAGAAGACCAGUUCCACACUAUAUCAUGGAGUUCAGCUGUGUGAACAGGACAUGCAGAGGUUUAAGACUCUUAGGUGUGGGUUUUCAAAAGUGGCAGUUUAGGUAGUACCGAAAGGGAGUUGUCUGUCCAUCCAUCCUGUAUAGUUGCACUUUGGUUUGGUCACUUCUUCGCAUGCUUAUGUGACUAUAAAAAAACUACAACCUUUGGUUUUUGUUCUUGUGUCUCUUUCAUGUUAAAUGAGAAAUAUAUUUGUGAGCUGCCAUAGAUUAUUUACAUGUUUUUGUUUUGUUUUGCCUAAGGAAGAGCACUGAACAACUCGCUGAUAUUGCACUUGGUGUAUUCAGCCUCAUCCUGCCAUGAUAUUUUUUUAUUAAGCCUUUUGAUUUAUUUUUUUUACUUGGUGCAGUGGGUGUUUUUGGGAAGCCAGGAUUUCUGAAUGCCAUGUUUUCUUCAGAGAAAAUAGUUGCCAUAUAAAACCUUUCAAUGUACAGCUCUUAUUUCUGCCCCUUUUCUCAAAGCGCUAUAGGGCUGUACAAACUUAACACUUUGCUCUGCUAACACAAAAGUGUGAUGACCCUGAAAAAAGAAGAGAAUCCGGUUUUGAUUUGUUUGAACAUCAUUCCAUUUAACAACAGUACAAGGAAAAGAGAGAGCGAGAAGCUGGAGAGAAGCAAAGCCACCCUCUAAAGGCAGUAGAUUCCCUAACUCGGUUGCAGCAGGAUGUUGGGAAAGGUGUGGGGAGUCAGACCCCUAUGUGGUGGAUGUGCCCCAUAGCACAAGGUUUAUGGAAGAAAGGCAGCUGCAGCAGGAGAGGGAGAAGCAGCCUGGACUAUCUCCUCCAGGAGGGAGAGUGUGGCACAUGUUCACACCUGCAAGAGAGCUUGGCUUCUUAGGGGUGCCAGCCGGACUUCUUGUAUUUAUAAGAAUUGGGGGCCUUUGACUUUCAUCAGUGGGUGAUGGUUCCCAUCUUUUCCAGCACUAAGCAGGAAGCACUUAAGUGCAAAAGUAGCAGGAGGUGGAGUUCUUACAAUACAGCCAAGAAACCAAGAUAACUUCUCUCUCUUUCUUUUCAAACUUUUUUUUUUAUGUUCUCAGGUCUGAAUGUCAUGCCUUAAGUAUGCUUCCAUGCAGUUCCUUGUUAUUUAUGUCCUUUCUUUUAAGAUUGAACAUUCUGGCUGCAGCCAGCCAUAGAGGUUGUUCAUGCAAGCCCUAUUGAAACGAAGGGAAAUUUUUCAAGAACAACCCCGAUUCAUGUUUUUCUUCUUCUCCUCCAGCGUGCACAAGAGAAGUAGGACCUCCACUGCACCUAAAAAAUUAAUAAAUGCCGGUUUCCAUUGUAAUCAUAGGAAUUCGUUGUUGAGUACUGAUACAUCCCCCCCCCGCUAUGCAGGAAUUCCAUGAAGUAUGUGUGUGUAUUUUUAUAUGAUGUCUGUAUCUUAAAAGUUUGAUGUUAAAACAGUAAUAGGGAAAAUGUUCAUGAGUUGAGAUUUUUACAUCACCUGCACAUUAAUGAUUUCCUUUGUUUAAGGCUUUUCCAAACAAGAGUCAAUGACCUCUUUAUCCCCCUCUUAUUAAAUAUUUUGUAAACUGAUAUAACCAGUAAUCAUAUUGACAAAAAUAUCCCCGUCUGAUACUGUGGAAUGUUGUGAAACAAACUUCCUUGACAAAUCCGCUUCUAGUCCACAGGGUGUCACUGCACUCCUCACCUGAACAGGGAGAGUGCCUGUGCCCCUUGGUGCCCCCUUGGACCUUGUUCUGAUGAACUUUUUUUGUAGGUUAUACCAGAGGGAAAUAAUUCUUAGGCUCGCAUUGGCCGCCUCCCUUUUCUGUCUUCCCAUUGUAGAAAGUAGCCCAUGUCACAGCGUUGCAAUGCUGUGUCUGUGCCAGUCCCCUCUCAAUACAGGAGAGCCGGAGAGGGGCUACCAGUAGCAGAUUCAGUGAGAUCUUGAUGCAGCUGAAUCCAGGAGAGUGAAACACUAAAAUGUU